AUGAAUGAGCGCCGAAGAAAACUUGAGAGCGUCAAGAGGCACGGGGAGGAAACAAAAGAACCCUGUGCAUGGAAAUGCACGCCGCAAACUCACCCCAAGUGCCAUCUCCGGAGCAACUGCGCAAAGGCUGGGCUGCUUUCCUCCCCGGGACGAGGCGACGAGCUGUCCUUGUCCGGGCUCGCGGCACCAGCCCCACACAAAUCAGCUCCGCUUUGGGGGAUUCCAACCAGUCGCAAACCGGACCGGGUAAACAAGCCGGCGCGCGCGGUCUUCCCCGCACCGGCGCCGCCGCGCGCGCCAGUCAAUCACUCCCGGGAAGCCGCCGGCGAAAGAAAAGAAGCCGGGAAAGCAACGCCGCCGCCGCUGUUGCUGCUGCUGCUGCUGCUGCCGCCGCCGCCGCGCGUGAAAGUAGUUGUGCGCCCGGCAAGCAUCGCCCCGCCGCUAAAGCAAACAACCAGCCAAGGCUCGGGAGCCCCUGCUGAGGAGAAGCGGCUACUGCAAAAAGAGAGGGCGGCCGGGGGCUGGAGGAAUCUGGCUGACAAAAGCCGAGCCCCGCUCCAGAGCUGCUGCUGCUGCUGCUGCUUCCUCCUCCCUGCCCCCCAUGGACGGAGAGGCGGGGGUGGCGGGGACUGCCUCUGGGAUCAGAGCCCGAGGGGGAAUCAAAGGAGACUGGGCCUGCAACUUUGCUCCCAGGCUCGUCAGGAAGCCCUUGGCUCGGCCACCGAGCCCGGCUUGCCGGUUGUUUUAGCAGAAGAAAGGCAGAAAAAGCAGCCAGGCCCCGCCAGAUGCGCUCCCAGCUUCUUGCGCAGUGGAUAGAAAAUUGUCAUUGAAUUCACCUGAUACGGGCAGCUCGGAUCUUGCGAAGUUUCUCUCGAUAAGCCAGCGCACAGAAAAAAGAAGCAGAAAGACUUGAGAUGAGGGGGGAAAAAAAUCAGAAGUGGACAAAAAGGAGGGUACCAGUCUCCACCUCCUAUUGAAAGCCCUGGUUGAUUUGCACUUGAACCGACUGA